UCAGAGUAAACGCUGAUAGACCAGCAAAAUAUUACGCGCCUUUCUGACAAAUUACGAGAGCGAUUCUCUGAGCAAUAAAAGCGGUGAGGUCAAACGGCUGAAGAGCGUCGAUUCCCAACUAGUCACCUAAGUUGACCCCCACUGCACAUGGCCGAUAUUUAUGAGGCACUGUUUGUCAGUGGCACUGAAGUGGUCGGUGCAUCUUGUGCUGUGCCUUACAUACUUCUGACAUUACGACUAUCAAAUAUCUGUGCUUUGAUUCUAUUUAGUGACUACAGAUACUUCCAUAAAAAUGUGUUUUAUAAGCCAAAGGGUCUCCAAGUCUAAGAAUGACCCACAAAUCUCUGUGCAAUAACGAUUUGAACAGGCGAUAAGUCGUGACUCAUAUUUGUGCGUGAUUCAAGAAAUAAAAGUUAUCGUCAUGUGGUGGCUGGAGCGUGCCUACGACCUAUGCUGCUGGUGUCCCUGCCACCUUCACAAAAAGCGUCAAGGCGUCGCGAUGCCUCGUGGAUCUCGCGCCCAGGCCGCCUCCCCCGUGCGCCUGCACUACGACCUGGCAGCGACGCCGCUCUUCCAGGACCACGACGACUCCGGCGACAUCGUGCUGUACGACACGAGCGUGGAGUACCUCCCGUCCCACACCAAGACCCGCACCGCCAUCGUCAGCGACACCGCCCGGAUGGACAGCCUGAGGGAGCAGCUCCUGGCCGCGGGGGAGGAGCUCUCGUCCCCUCUCGGAGGAUACGCCGACGCCGGAGCCCAGGGCGCCAAUCCCUCUCUGGCCGCGGCGCAGAACUGCUACGAAAAGACGGUGGACCUGGAGUCCCCGGGCACGAGGGGCUCCGUGUCCUCCCUCAGCAGCUCCGAAUACGUGAUGGUCGAUCGGGUCGAGCGAGACUCCGCCAUGAUCUCGGUCUUCCGGGCCCUUCGCUGCGUCGACGGCGUGGAGGCGGCCGAGAGGGACCGCCGCUUCUCGCCGCUCGAGGUGCAGAGGCCGCGUCGGCCCGCCCACGCCCGCAGCCAUCCGAACUAUAGGCCGGUGCGGCAGACUACUAUAGACUACUAAGUCCGCAAUUUAUUGACAUCGGUGUGUGUGAAAUCUUUAUUCUCUGCGGAAUGACGAGCGAUCAAGGUUUAUGUAGAAUUGCAAUUAGUUUAUGUGUGACACAUUGUGCAUUUGCUCUAUAACUCCCAUUACGAUGUGUGUGAG